UUUAAUUGAGCGCGAGGAGCGCUAAAGCGCUGUAAUCGAAUGCUCGGCUUCAUAAAUUUUAAAUUUUUAUUUAUUUAAAAAAAAAAUUUAAAAUAUAAAUAAGGUUAUUGAACUAGGUCAAUUUGAUCUCAUCAUUUUGUGCUGAUCGACUGAUCGAGUCAUCGCCUCAUCGAUGCCUUUGUUUGAAAUUUUUUUGCAAACGUCUGUCAUCGUUCCCCAGAGUUUUCAAGGUUAGGCAACUUGUUAGGCAAGGCUUAGGCUAGAAUAAUUUGUGGGAUCAGCUGAGUUUCUGAGAUUGGGAUUUUUGGAUUAGGUACUUAUAUGAAUAAAUAAUUAAUAAUUAAUAGUUGAUCAAUAUUUUUCAAAGAAUCUUACGUUAUAGUUUCUUUUUGCGUAGUAAGUAGUUUCCUUAGUGCGAAAACUAAAAGUUAUUUUUCAAGUGAAGAUAUACCUACUCGUUAAAUCAGUAAUCAUGAAUGCGUACAGUAAGCAGGCAUUUCCGCGGAAACAAGAAUACGUUGAGACAAACGCAGGAAAUUUUGCAACUGAUGAGAAAGAUUUGAAUAAAUCUCCGCCGAAGUUUAUCAAUAUGCAGAAAAUAGUCGAUGGAGCAAGUUCCGCUUCGAACGCAGGUAUUGUGUACUACAAAUGUCUUUCGGAAGAAAUGGAAAAAAAGAUCAACGAAUUGCAAAAGGCAAUCGAAGUGGCUGAAUCUACGAUGAAUACUCAAAAGCAGAACAUCGAAGAUAUGAUUAACCGCAAGAAUCAAUUGCUGUGUGAUUUUCACGAGCAGUACAGAAAAUUCACUCGUAAAACGGAAUGCGAAACUAAGAUGGAAGAUGAAAUCGAACAAUUGAUCAAGUUUCUAGACGAGUUGAUGCCUUUGCAUAAUGAAAUAUCUUACGUGAAAACUUCCGAAAUCAAUAUACGGAAUUACGUGAUGGAAAAAUAUCAAACUAUUUGCAACGAACUGCAACCAGUUAAAGAUGUUUAUGAAAAGAAUGUUGAACAAUUACAGUUGACAGCGGAGAAACUCAAAGAAUGGAAAUCUCAAUGGGAAGCAUACGACAAGUUGAAUUCGGAUAUCAAAUCUGCCAUUCGUCAACAUGAAGAAAAAUUGAAUCAUCUUAAAUGGUCCAUCAAAAAUGAAGCAGCUGACGCUGAACUUAUAAAGAACGAGGGUGAACGAAUCCAAAUACAAACCAACGUGGAAAUUUUAGAAAAACAGCACAUCUUGAGAAACGAAGCGAUGAAGAUUCAACAUACUUUUCAUUCGUUAAAAGAUGAAUUUUCUAAAUUGAAAAGCGAGCAAAACGAAUUCAUUCGGAUUAAGGAACAACUGUCCAAUUAUAAUGAAAUGUUUUCCAAAGAUAACCAGAAAGUUGUUGAAUUAGACGCAAAUAUCCGAGAGAAAAAACUCGAACUGGUAGAAUUACAGAAGAAAAUCGAAGCUAAUUCUAAUCAUCUACAUGAUUUGGAAAACAAGAAAAGGACCAAACUUGAAAAACAAGAACAGUUAUGCAAUAUUUUACACGAGUACAAAGAAAAUAUAACCCAGGAAGAAACUAAAUUGAACAAUUUGCUCGAAGAAGAACGCUCGAUUGAAGGAAAAAUGAAACAACUUUCAGCUGAAAUCGAAAUUCAGACAGAGAAAAGGAACACUUUACUUAAGAAACAACAAGAAGAAAGGAACGCUUUACUUGAAAAACAACAAAGUUUCUCGCAAGAAGUGACACGAAAAGAGAGUUUGAUGAAAGAAAUCAAUGACUUAGAACAUAAAAAAAGUUCAACGAAGAAAAAUGUUUUAGAAUUGAAUAACGAACUAGAAACGAAGAUGAAAGCAAUCAACGAACUGAAGAAAAAUUUAUUUUCGAAUGAUAUUUUAGUCAAAGUCAACGCACUUGAAGCGAAUGCGCUUCAUUCCUACCUCACCGUAGAAAACGAGUGCCAUGUAACAUCUGAAUUCAUUGAUACCGAAUUAGAUCCGUUACUUGAUCAAAUUUGUAAACAAGAAUCUCAAAUUAAAGAUUUAGAGAAACAAUUGAAGGAAUGUGCAGCUGAGGGGCUUAUGCUAGAGAAAGAAGUGAUCGAAAAAGAAAACCGUCUGAAAAACAUUGCAGAUUCAAUUAAAACGAGUGAUAGUGCUAUUCUUGCUUUGAAACAAAAUGUGCAUCAAGCGAAAUACAUUACGGUACAAGAAUUGAAUAAGCAAUUAGUUGCAUUGACUAAUCAUGUGAAAAACGAGCAAAACUUGGUAGCGAAACUGAAAAAAGAAAUCGAGAUAGGUCUACAAACGCAAGCGGCGACUCAAGAAUCGACAAAGAGUAAAAGACGACUUCUUACUCCAGAAAAAGCACGAAAUGUUGCUUCGUCAACGUCGAAAACUGCACGAUCGAAAAAAAAGGUCGAGGAACCGGUAGAUGCCAAUAAAAAGAAGAAUCAGUCGGAUAACGAUAUUUACAAUUUCAACUAAGUUCUUGAAAAAACGGAUUUUAAAGCUUGUUCGUGUUGAAAUUAUUCAUUUAAGAAAGAAUCAGUUUUCAUUUUGAUUAAUUAUUUGAGUUUAUACUGGAGAGAUGAUUUUUGUUGUAAAAUACGUAUAAAUAUAAGAGUUGAAUUUGAAAUAGGUAAUUUUGUUCGAAUGAAAACUAACUUCUUUUGAAAUAUGCCUUCAGGAGAUCGGUAUGCAAACUCUGUACGCUUACGUGAAAUAAUUCACAUACCUAAUUUCUUACUACACUGUUUACUCACA